AUGCCCCACGACCCCAGCGCGGCGUCGGGGCUCCACCGCCGCGCGAGCGCAGAGGCCACGCGCCCGCCCGGCUCCAGCAUGCGCGAGCACGCCCCGAAGCACCCCUCCACCGCCGACGCCGACCCGCCCGCCCCCUCGGUCGCACGCAAGGCCUGGCGCGUGCUGCACGCUGCGGUCACGUCGCCGCCGCCGGCACUCUGCCACCUCGUCCUCUUCGUCAACCAGUUCCUCUUCAGCUCCAUGCACGUCUGGUCGUCCGACGGGCUCUCCGACAUCCCCCCCUUCGUCUACGCCGCACUGCGCCUCUCCGUCGCGCUGCCCUUCCUGCUCGCGAUGGCGCUCGCCGAGGGCGGGCUGCGGCGCGUCGAGCUCGCGGACGCCCCGCACCUCCUCACCAUGGGCUUCUUCGGCGUCGGACUGACGCAGUCGCUCAUCUUCGUCGGCAACAAGAUGGCGGGGCCUGCAAUCACGGCGAUCCUGCAGCCGUCGAUCCCCGUGUGGACGGGCACGCUCGGUGCGGCGCUGGGGCUCGAGGCGGUCACGCGCGGGAAGGCCGCGGGCAUCGCGCUGUGCGUGGGCGGCGCGCUGGUGCUCCUGCGGGUGUGGGAGGUGGUCGCGGCGCACGCGGGGGGCGGCGGGGACGGGCUGGGCGACGAGGUGACGCUGGGGACGCUGGUGAUGGUCGUGCAGUCGUUCUCGUACGCGGCGUUCCUGGUCGUGCUGUCGCGCUGGCUGGCGCGCAAGCGCGUGCCCUUCUCCGCCUUCUUCUGCGCCGUGCUCGUCGGAACGGUGCUCGUGUGGGGAGCGGCUGCGGUGGAUGGGCUCGGCGACACGGACUGGCGCGGGGUGCGGGUGUCGGCGUGGAUGUCGGUCCUGUACGCCGGCGUCGCGGUGUCGUGCGUCGCGCACGCCGGUCAGGCCUGGGUCGUCAACCACACCCCCCCCAUGACACCGGCGCUCUACACCACCUUCCAGCCCGUGCUCUCCACGGGCAUGGCCGCGGUCUUCCUCGGGCAGCGCAUCCGCUGGACGGACCUCCUCGGCGUCCUGUUCAUCUUCGGCGGCCUCGGGGUCUACGUUCGCAGCAAGUCGAGGGAGCAGGCGGCGCAGGCGGCGGGGGGCGGGGCCGGCGACGUGGAGAUGGCGGCCGCGGAGGAGCGCGACGUGGAGCGGGCCGCGCUGCUCAAGCACGAGAACCCCAGCGUCUCGGACCUGCUUGCCGCGCGAGACAGAGAGCGCACGUUUCAAACUGGAAUCGAACAGGAAGUUGCGGCGGGCCGUCGUCGCUAG